AUUGCUGCGCUGCACCGCCAGGCGGACGGAGAGACGGGUCAGAGGAAAAUGGCGGACGGUGUAGAUCACAUCGAUAUCUACGCCGACGUAGAGGAGGAAUUCAGCCAGGAAGCUGACUACCCAGUUCAUGAGCAGAUCGACCUUUAUGAUGACGUAAUUUCCCCAUCAGCCAACAAUGGUGAUGCUCCAGAAGACCGUGACUACCUGGACACACUGCCUUCACCUGGUGGCACUGAGGGAGGAAAGAGUGCUCCUCCAAAUGUGGUUUACACCUACACAGGCAAAAGAAUCGCCCUGUACAUAGGAAAUCUCACAUGGUGGACGACAGACGAAGACCUUACAGAAGCCAUACGAUCAAUAGGUAUCACAGAUGUGCUGGAGAUCAAGUUUUUUGAAAACAGAGCCAAUGGACAGUCAAAAGGGUUUGCACUGGUGUGUGUCGGCUCAGAGGGAUCAUCCAGGAAGCUAAUGGAGCUGCUGUCAAAGAGGGAGCUCCAUGGUCAGAAUCCCAUUGUCACACCAUGCAACAAACAGUCCCUCAGCCAGUUUGAGAUGCAGUCACGCAAAAGUGAGGAGUGCUCUGAAAAAAAAGGUACCCAGUCAGGCCAGAUGUCUGGGGAAGGUAAAGCUGGUCCCCCCGGUGCUGGUUCUAGAGGAGGUUUUCCAAUGGGACGAGGCAGAGGAAGGUUUCCUGGACCUCCCGGCCCAGGAGGAGACCGCUUCCCUGGACCUGUUGGUCCUGGAGGGCCGCCACCACAUUUUCCUGGCUCGGGGAUGGGACCAGAUCUGAUUAGGCACCAAGAUGGCCCCCUGAUGGAUAUGAGUUUCAAUCCCUUCCCGCCGGGGGGCAGGAACGGGAGCUGGCGCGGCAGAGGUGGAAUGCAGGGUCCCCCACGUCCCCCUCCCGGUCCACCUGGUCCACCGGGCCCUCCAGGACCUCCCCCUCCUGGCCAGGGCCUCCCCCCUCCCCUCCCUGGUCCUCCAAACCGCGGUGAUAGGCCACCUCCCCCAGUUCUCUUCCCUGGUCAGUUUGGCCAGCCUCCAAUGGGACCCAUGCCCCCAGGACCCCCUCCUCCAGGUUACGGCCCUCCCCCUGGUCCCCCACCCCCUCAACAGGGCCCGCCACCCCCAGGACCCUUCCCUCCUCGCCCCCCAGGUCCCAUUGGGCCCCCCAUGGCUUUGGCGCCACCUCCUCACAUGCCUGGUCCCCCGCCAGGUGGCCCACCACCAGCACCCCAUGUCAACCCUGCCUUCUUUCCCCCACCUGGCAACAACAACAUGCCCCCCAACGACAGAGGAGGCCCACCUGGACCAAACGACCCAUACGGGCGCCCUCCACCAUAUGAAAGAGGAGACUAUGGUCCUGGAGGCCGGGAGAUGGAGGCAUCGCGAACGCCUCUUAGCGAGGCUGAAUUUGAGGAGAUCAUGAACAGGAACCGAGCCAUCUCCUCCAGCGCCAUUUCCAGAGCGGUGUCUGACGCCAGUGCAGCUGACUAUGGUAGUGCAAUAGAGACCCUGGUUACAGCCAUCAGUCUGAUUAAGCAGUCCAAAGUGUCAGCAGACGACCGCUGUAAGGUCCUCAUCAGUUCUCUGCAGGACUGUCUCCACGGCAUUGAGUCUAAAAGCUACGGCUCUGCCCGACGAGAGCGUUCCAGGGAACGAGACCACAGCCGCUCGAGAGAAAAGAGCAGACGCCACAAGUCCCGCAGUCGUGACAGACAUGAGGACUAUUAUCGAGAACGCAGCCGGGAGCGGGACCGCCAUCGUGAGAGGGACAGGGACAGAGACCGUGAGAGAGAGAGGGAGAGGGAGUACCGACAUCGCUAGAGGAAAAGGAAGCUCACGAGGAUCAAGGAACGAUGGGAGGAAAAAGAGGAAGGAUUUCAAUGCGCCACCACCUCCCAACCCUGCAUGACCGGACAGGAUCACAGCCACCACCUCUUCCUCCACCCCUCCAUCGCUCCUCUUUGCCUCCACACAUCCUACUCUCUGUCUGUUCGUCCUAUCUGCCUGUGGAUGGGAGACCCUGAACUGUGUAAGGCUAUGUUAUCCAAACCUCUAUACUCAUGGUAACUAAAGAUGAAAGAAAAGAAACUUUCCAAACCGCUCUUUUAUUUUUAUGAUGUUUUAUUUGACAUGAAAAUGACUACUUGUGAAGCUUUUUUUGCAAAGAAACAAUAAAAAAAGUCCCACUUCGUUCCUAACUAGAAGACACAAACAUUACAUCCUAUUGCUUUUUAUUUUUCCCCGGCUUCCUGUACUGUGUACAUUCAGUUUAGAGCUCCAUUUUUAUAGGGUACAUGUGUGAUGUGUUCUUCCAACGUCUCUCUCUCAUUCUCAUUUAUUCUUUUCAUGGUUAGUAUGUUUGUAAAUGUCUCUGCUUUUGAUUAAAAUCUAGAAGGUGUUGUAAUAAAAAAUGAUUAAUGAGGUAUUUAUUGCAUUUGGUGACUUCCUCUACAUGUUUGCCUCAUUUAUAUUAAAUGUACAUUUUUGACUGCUGACCCCUUUUCAUAUUGAAUAGGUCCACAUUCAGAUAUUUCUUAACUUUUUUAGCAGGUGGUUUGAGCUACACAAAGUAGAACCUGAUGACUUGUUUUGUUGUUUUUCUUCACAUGAAAAAAAAAAAAAAAACUCCAGGGUUAGACCGACUUGAUGAUUGUACUUUUUCCAUGUGUGUGCAGCACUCUGCACCACACAUAUGUUGAUCAAUUCUAUUCCAAUUCAGACGGCAGUUUUUAUUUUGUUUAUGUUGUGUUAUCACACUGGUAAUGACUAACAGUCACGUGGUAACGACUAAAAGUCAUUACCAGGAAUUUUUCCACUCCAAAACUGAUUGUAAAGUCUCUGUGUUGUUAAUGUGAAAUGUAUAACUGUAAAGAUUAAGUCAUCAAAGCAGCCAUUGUUGCUGCAGCAUAGAGUUGGUCAGUCUUCACAUUUGUUGAAAAUUUACCAUCUUGACACAUUUUUCCCAUGGUAAUGUUUUUUUCUUUUUUUUUUUAUUACUCUUAACAUGUUACAACACAGAAACUUUUUAAUACAUGAACAAAUUCAAAUGUAGUUCUAGGAUAGACUGUGCACCAUAACACUGUUGUAUAUCCAGUUCAACACACCUUUGCUCCUCUCCACUAAGCAAAAUGUUCAUGUGUUGCAUUUCUGUUGAAUUAGAACGACAGUCAACAUUUUGAUAAAGAGCUCAGUUUUGUAAUAAUGAACAUGAUUGGUUCAAUAAGCACUGUUACAUGUAUGUUUUUAUUGUCUCUGUUCAAAGUCUUAAAAACUAUAUGUACUGGAUUUUUAAGAGUUUUGACCUGAACUGAAAGCCAGAGUAGUUGCAGAUUGUCUCAUUUGAAUCCAAAACAAAGAAAUGUGAUCUACAAACACUAACACUGUACUCUUAUGAAUGCAACUUGAGACAGAUGCUUAAAUGCUGAUUAUAACAUGGCAGAAAACAACUCUUGAUGGUUCUCAAUUCCUCCUUUCUGUCUAAAUUUUAUAUCCACCAUUCUAUUGAGUUUUUGUUUUGUUGGAUUUGUUUGUCUUGUCAGGGUCAUUGUUUUCUCCUUUUUGUUUGAUAUUUCCUCCUUAAAUCAAUCCAUGCAGUUCCAAUCACUGCCAUUCCCUGAAAUAUGACUUCUCAAAAGGUAUUUGAUGUUUUUAUAAAGUUGUUGACACUAAAUGCCUUUUAGUGAUUCUAAUGGCUACCAGAAUCACUCUUUACACAAAUAAAAUAGGUUAAUCAGAAGAAAGCUGGAAAAAAGUAUUUUUAAAAUUGUCUUGUUUUGCUAACGGUUUACUUUAAAUGUGUUUUUGGAUUAACAACAAAAAAAAAAAAACCCUGUAAACUCUGUAAAAAUGAAAUGGUGCUCAUUGUAAAGCUGUUGUAACAAAAGAAAACUGAAGGUGGGGCGUUUUGAGUCUCAACGAGGAAAGAUCGUUAUGCCAGUUAUCUUGAAUAAUUCCCAUUAAAAAAAA